GAAAGCCAUAAAUGUGUUCAUUCAAUUUUUGGUAUAGGUAGACCUGUCCUAAUAAAGUGUGCAGGCAAAUGAGGGGCUUUCGCAAUAAAUAUCACACCACACUUUGAGCAAUCUUCAAACUUACAUAAACCUAAAAUUCUACAAAAUAGUUCAUUUGAAUCUACACAAACGGACACAGAGAGCGAUCAUGGCAAGUAGGAAAUUGGUACGAGGGUUGUGGAACCAUCCGGCAGGACCCAAAACCAUUCAUUUCUGGGCACCAACGUUCAAGUGGGCACUCAGUGCAGCCAACAUUUCCAACUUCUCCAACCCGCCCGACACGGUGUCGUACCCCCAGCAGGCGGCGUUUGCCAUCGCUGGAUUCAUCGGUGCUCGUUACUGCACCGUGAUCACCCCUAAGAACUGGAAUCUAUUCACCAAUAACUUCGCGUUGGGCUGCACCGGCGUGUACCAACUUAUGAGGAAAGCCAACCAUGAUUACAUAGUCCAGAAGGAAUAAGUGAAGUACUUGACAUUGAUCGACCUUCUGAGAUGAAUUUCGUCAAACCUGAUUUUUGUGUUCGUCGUUGUUGCUGCUUUGCAUUUCUAGAGUUUCCCUUUAGGGAUAAUUAAAUAAGUAGAAAUACUUAUUUUAGCUACGAGACUUAACUUAAUUAACGAGGUUGAGGUUCUAUAACCAUGAGGUUACGGAGUUCAAAUUGCACCUGUAUAUUGAUG